AUGGCUCCUGCGUCCGGUGCUUUGGUGCCACACUCUGUGUUUACCAGCACGUUUGAGAAUGCCAUGUUCCCAAUGCGCACACUCUACUGUCCACCAGUGCCGCCGUCCAUGUUAAUGGGCCGCUACAAACCCCCGCCGCGCCCCGGCGUAAAGUACCGUAACGACUUGACGCUUGCAGGCCCACGAGAGCAUUGGGCGCAGGCGCAAGUCUCACGCAUGUGGCGCGGCGUCUUGACUCGUCGUCGACUGCGCAAUGAGCGCAACUAUUUCCAGGUACGCACCAGACGCGCCAUUAUGAUUCAGUGCUGGUGGCGGCGUCUGCAGGCUAUUUGGCGGCGUCGCUCCUUGCAGAAACUUGUGGAUGAGUGGGUGGAGAGUCGUGGCAAAACAAUGGUGGCGCAGCGACUUACCGGCUACGCGGUUAUGAUGACGUGGCAACGCAAGCGUUUUGAGAAUGCCGUGAUAAAAAUACAGCGCGUAUACCGCUGGUUUCGCAAUCGGCGAGCGCUUGCUUUUAAGGACCCGACGGAGCCCGCACCUGAGCCGUUGCCAUUUCCGCUGCGGAUCCGCAAGAAGGUGUACUUCCCGUGGCGCCCCCGCGUCGAGGCGAAUGACAUGGCAAAAGCCAAGGCGGUAAGCAAAGCACCCGGGUCACCCAAGCCAAAGGGCCGUUCCACGUCGAUUCAGUUCAGGAAGAAUCGAAAGGAGCCCGAACCACCCACAGUGGAGGAGGCAAAGGUCAUCAAUGAUGCCAUGCGAGAGCGCGAGGCGAGGCAGGCGUUGACGCUUUCCCAGCCCGAGGUUCAAGACCGCCUGCAGUGGAAACGUGAUGGUCUGCGGCUGAACGACUUUGACCACAACGCUGGGAUGAUUCAGCGGCUGGUAAAGUCAAAGUGGGAUGGAUGGACAAAAACGACGCGAAAGUUGACCUCCGACUACUUUAACGAUAGGGUUCGCAUCAUUCAACGUUCCUUUCGUGUGUUUAAAACCCUCCGACAGAUGCGGCAGGCCCAAGUUACUUUGGAGACCCGCGCGGAACGCAAGAAUCAGGCCUACGCGAAGGCCAAGAUUGCACAAGUUGAAGAAGAGCUUGUGUGGCAGUUCAACCUGCUCAACAACGCGGCGCGGACGAUACAAAUGUACUGGGCACGCUACAAGUACGAAAGCCUGAAGCGGAAUCCCUUCUCGGAACAUGACGAGGCCGAGGACGAGGCCGAGGCCGAGGGCGAGGGCGAGGACGCCGCCUCGAGGUCGCCGCCACCGCCACCGCCGUACAAUUUAAUCUCGGAGUACAUCGCACGCGAGCGCAUCCUGCGCAAUGCGGCGAAGUCAAAGAUGGAAAAGGAGAUGGAGGCGGUAAAGAAAGUAUCCGAGGCUCAUCCAAACGGUACGUACCGGAGUCCGUUGAGGUUGUUAGCGAGGAAGGGUUGUUUACCGGCGCCGACAAGGGCAAGGCGGACAGGCCGGAAGAAUUGA